UAUAUAUACUUUAUGGGGUCGGAAACGCUUCCUUUUGCCUGUUACAUACUUUCCGACGGAUCUAGUAUAGUCACAAGGAGAGAGCUUGACGUCUCGAUCUGCCGGAUCGCAGGGCAUUUGCGUGCGGUGUGACUUAUUUUUUCUUUUUUAUUUUCUUUAUACCGCCUUGAUUUUUUUUUUCUUAUUAUUUAAAAGCAAAAAUUAAGGCACUUACCGCUUGCAGGAACAUCCAUCGAUGAAAGCGCUUUCGCCGAGACGCUUGCGGCUAACUGCGGGAAAUUUGUAGAAUGGCACACUCUAAUAAAAACUGGAUUGAUAAACUGCUUCGCCAUGAACUGGUCCUUAACAAUUUUCUCCUUCGUCCUGAAGGCAUUUUUACGGGAAAUGUACGGCUCCAUCACAAAACUCCGCCAAGGUUCCACGACGGACCUCUCGCCCUCGCUCAAUCGAAGAACGGAUCUCCCAAAAGCAAACACUGUCGACGUGGCCCUGAGCUGAGUUUUUCUUCUGCUUCUCGACCGAGUUUUUCCAGCAGCUUGACGGACUUCGGUUAGGGGAUGACUUCCACAGACCUCGCUGGAACAAACGGUGGCCACGCAUGCCCCUUUGUAGACGCGCCAGUAGCUGCCGAAUAAGCUUAACGUUAUAAUUGCGUUCUCUGCUACAACUCACCCUAAGCCGCAGUUAAUUCCUGAUUAUAUUUCGUUAUUUUCCGAUGGCUCAAUACGUAGAACCGACUGAUACUAGUCAGUUGCGCUAAACUUUGAGGGUUGGACUCCUGUAGAAAAACUUUUACCUCUGAUCGGUUAGGCUGCCAAAACGGAAAAGACCAACCUCGACGCCAAAAUUCGGGCGGUAAAUUAAACUCCGGAGUACGAGGUGAAAAGAAAGCCUGACACUGGCCCCUGUAGCUCUCACUUAAUCCGAAAACGAUAUGUAUCAUAAUCACGAAAUCUUGGCCAUUUGCCGUUUACUUUAUCGAUAUUCUCUGUUAUUAUGUACACUCUAAUAUACCAAAAAUACCACAGCUAUACAGAGCCGAAUAAAGUCAGUUGGACAUUAAA